AUGACAUUUCUAGUACACCAUAUCAAAUUUGGUGAUGAUAACAAUCAAUCAAUCUUGUAUUAUAGUGAUGGGAAAGCUGUCUAUCAGAGAGAUGGAGUUACCCUCUGGUAUGAAGAUUGGUCAAAAGACUGGGCCGUUAUGAAGGUGUAUAGAGAUGGUACAAGAUUUUAUCUCUUCUCUUAUCGUCCAGGAUCUGGUGCCAUCGAUUUAAUCUCUGAUGCUGGCGCAGAAUCAACCUAUAGACAAGAUAAUUGGAGACGAGACUGGCUGGCCUUUGAAUUUCUACAUAAUACAUACAGGGGCCAUCCACUUGUUCUAAAAUCAAUGCGUACUGGAGAAAUUUGCUAUGAUGCGGUCAUCAACGGCAAGUUAAUUGAAAUUGAAAGAAGUUUACAAAGACCUGUAUUUGGAAAUGAUGACAAACAUCUCUUAAUACAGUUGUGGAAAAGCCACAUUCAAGGUAGAUGGAAUUAG